AUGGCGGAGAAGGGCACGCACGGCGGCGGCGAGGCAGGCUUCGUCGAAGCCAAGGAUGGCCCAGACACACCCACCACCGACAGCGACAUCGCCGCCGACGCCGACCCACUCACACGCACCCUCUCCCUCGGGCCCCCGCCCGACGGCGGGCGCGACGCAUGGCUCGCCGUCCUCGGCACGUCGCUGACGGGCUUUACGCAGUUUGGGCUGUCCAAUUCGUUCGGCGUCUUCCAGGCAUACUACGAACGCGGGCCUUUGGCGGCGUACUCCCCCUCUGCGAUAUCAUGGAUCGGGAGCAUGCAGAUGUUCCUCAUGUUCUUCUGCGGCCUCUUCCUCGGCCGCAUAUUCGACCGCCACGGCCCCCACGUCCUCAUGAUCCCCGGCACGGCGUGCCUCGUCCUCAGCCUGAUGCUCACGAGCGGUAAGCGCCGCGCUCCCGCCGAGCAGCUGACCCCAGUAUGUACCCAGUACUACCAGUUCCUGCUUGCCCAAGGCGUGCUGUUCGGCAUCGGCUCGACGCUGCUGUUCCACCCGAGCGUAGCGGCGCCGGGGCAGUGGUUCGCGCGCCGCCGCGCCCGGGCGAUGGGGUGUGCUUCUCUCGGCUCCGGGCUCGGCGGGGUCGUGUGGCCCAUCGUUGUGCGCCGGCUCGUUGUCGAGAUCGGCUUCCCAUGGACGAUGCGCGCGCUCGGCUUCAUCGCCCUCGGCGUGUGUGCCGCCGCGUGCGUGUGCGUGCGCACGCGGCUGCCGAGGAAGACGCCCGUGCCGUGGUCGACUGUGCUGGCGCCCAUGGGCGAGGCGCCGUUCGCGCUGCUCACCGUCGGGACGUGCCUCGUCAUGUGGGGCAUGUACAUGCCCUUCACGUUCCUCGCGACCAACGCCAGCCGCCUCGGCGCAAGCCCCGACCUGUCGUUCUACACGCUCGCGCUGCUCAACGCCGGCUCGCUCGGCGGGCGCGUGGUGUCCAUGCUCGGAGACAAGUGGGGGCGCUUCAACACAAUGGCCGUGUCGGCCGUGCUCUCCGGCGUGGUGCUGCUCGCCUUCUGGAUCCCGCUGAAUUCAGUCAACGCGAUCCUGGCCUUCGCAGUCGUGUACGGCUUCGUGUCGGGGAUCCUCAUCAGCAUCUGCUUCGCGUGCGUGCAGCAGGUCGCGACGCCGAAAGACGUGGGGCGAAAAGUCGGCCUCAUGUGGGCCAUUGCGUCGUUCUUUUCUCUCAGCGGGCCGCCGAUCAACGGCGCGUUCAUUGCCAGGUUUGACGGCGCGGCGGGGUACCGCUACGCCGGGGUGUUUAGCGGGGUCGUCGUGCUCGCGUCGACUGGGUUCACGGUGGCGUCCAAGCUCAAGCAGGACAAGCGGUUGUUCGCGGUCGUCUAG